CGCCGCCCUCAAAGGGGACGAGCGGGGCCGCCCCGGGUGAAUCGCGAUCGCCGCCCUCAAAGGGGACGAGCGGGGCCGCCCCGGUGGAACCGCGAUCGCCGCCCCGAUCGCCGCGGUACCGCCUGGAGCCAGGGGCUCGGGAUGAGAGGACAGGACAGCUCGUGGGCUGUAUAAUUUGAGAUUUGGAACUGAUGUGGAAAACACUCAGAAUGGAAGGCAAACUCCCAUGUCUCCUUCUGCUGGUGGGAGCAAUCAUGACUGCCCAGUGCCAGGGCUUACUCACGCGUUUCAAACGAGGGGCCAGAUCUAGAGCCAUUUGCACAGAUAAUUCAUCUGCAGCAAUUUACCAACACAGGGGGACCUGGCUGAGGCGUUCAGGGAGCAGAAUAGAAUACUGUAGGUGUGACAGUGGCCGGAGCCGGUGCCACACCGUGCCUGUCAGAGUCUGCACUAGAAAUAAAUGCUACAAUGGGGGCCAAUGUUCACAGGCAUAUUAUUCCCCACAGCUCUUCAUCUGCCAGUGCCACCAAGGUUUCUCAGGGAAGCAGUGUGAAAUAGAUACUGAAGUUAAAUGUUACAAAGACACUGGAGUAACAUACAGGGGUACCUGGAGCACGACAGAGAGUGGAGCUGAAUGUUUAAAUUGGAACAGUGAUGGCUUGGUGAACUGGAUGUACAGUGGCCAAAGGGAGGAUGCUGCUGAGCUGGGAUUGGGCAAUCACAACUACUGCAGAAACCCAGAUGAGGAUUCCAGACCUUGGUGCUACAUCUACAAAGGGGGAAGGUACACCUGGGAACACUGCAGUGUGCCCUCCUGUUCAAAAGUUAGGAACACCAGCUGCAGCUCUGGAAGAGGCACAGAUUACCGUGGCAGCCACAGUGUUACCAGCUCUGGAGCUGCCUGUUUGAAGUGGAAUUCUCUAAUCCUCAUCAACAAGGUAUACACUGCUUGGAGAAGAGAUGCUUACCAGCUGGGCCUUGGCAGUCACAAUUUCUGCAGAAAUCCUGACAAUGACAGCAAGCCCUGGUGCCAUGUCCUGAAAGGAAAUCAGCUCACCUGGGAGUACUGCAAUGUGCCUAAUUGCUCCACCUGUGGCUUACGGCAGCGCAGAGCGCGGCAGUUCAGGAUUAAAGGUGGCUCCAGCACGGACAUUGCAGCACACCCAUGGCAAGCUGCCAUCUUUGUGAAGUACCAGCGAGUGCCUGGAGAGCACUUCCUCUGUGGAGGAAUUCUGAUCAGCUCCUGCUGGGUUUUGUCUGCUGCUCACUGUUUUGAGGAAGGUUUUAGUACAAAUCAGCUGAAGAUUGUGCUGGGUAGGACUUCCCGAGCAACUCCUGAGGAAAGCGAACAGAAGUUUGAAGUGAAGAACUACAUCGUGCAUCAGAGAUUUGACUCAGACAAUUUCAACAAUGAUAUUGCUCUGUUGCAGUUGAGCUCAGAUGCAGAAGAUUGCGCAGUGGAGACGGGCACUGUCCGCACUGCCUGCCUGCCCACCCCUGAGCUGCAGCUGCCUGACUGGACUGAAUGUGAGAUCUCUGGCUAUGGCAAAAGUGAUGAAUUUUCUCCAUUCUACUCAGAGCAGCUGAAGGAAGGCCAUGUCAGGUUGUUCCCAGCCAGUCGGUGCACAGCACAGUACCUGGACAACAGGACAGUUACAGAGAACAUGUUAUGUGCAGGAGACACAAGGCACCUGGAUGAUGCCUGCAAGGGCGACUCUGGAGGGCCCCUGGUGUGUCUGCAGGGUGAUCGGAUGUACCUGGUCGGAAUCAUCAGCUGGGGAAUAGGCUGUGGCCGCAAGGACGUGCCUGGCGUGUACACAAACGUGAUUCGUUAUCUUGACUGGAUCCAGGACACCAUGAAACUCUGAGGAAGAGAAAUGAACCCUUUCCAGUCUUGUGGCCAUGCCCUCAGAGCCUCCUUUGGGGUGCUUUAAGUGUGCUGAAAGGGCUUCCUGUUUGUCCAGAUACAACUUCCAGUGCAAUAGGAAGACAAACUGCAGUGUGUAGGAAGGGCAUGUUCUCAUAAUCCUCUCCCUAUUACAGGUUAUUAGGAGCUAAUCAUCCUUUUCCCCAACAUCACCCAACUUUCACCUUGCAUCAAAUCACAUAAGUACAAUAAAAAAUUAAUUCUGGCCCUGAGUGAAUAAACCAAGAGAGAUCAUGCAUCUCUUCAGCAACUAUAUUGUGUUAGGAAUGGGUGUGAACUGAAGGGGACAUUUAAUUUCCUGAAAAGCUUCAUCUCCCUACUUACUUGGCUGUACAAUUGGAAGACAUUAAGCUCUGUCCUUACACCAUUUGACUUUGCCAAUUUAAGCUGGUUUCAAUAGAAGCUGGUUCCCAAUAGAAAGAACAAAAAGCUGUAGGCACAGGCUGCUUAUUUCCAGAUUAAUAUACUUCUUACUUCUUCAGUUUGGAACCAAUUAAUUAACAGAGUUUGACCUUAAAAUCUCUGAGCAGAUUCAGGAUGGUUUAAUUAUUAGGACAUUUUAUUCUUUCACUUGGUUUUGCUCCUGGUAAUGGAAUAGGUAAAAAUUUUAAUACUGGCUUGAUCUGCCACAGAAUCAAUGCAUAUUUUUGACUGUUAAAUUUCCAUGCAUUAUCAUGUGAUAGGAAGCAAAAGCUCUCUCUCCUGUGCAGCAGGUCAAAACAAAGGACAAGUGGAUUGGUAGCUGUUUUAAGUGCCUGCUAGAUUUACAUCCACAAGUGAAGGGCAAAUCAGGUAUCACAAGGCUGCCUUUGUCCUUUUACAGGAAACAAGACAGGUACAACCAAGUCACCAUGAUCCAGAAUCUCAGUAAUCAGCAUUAUUUCCUUGCACUGCAGCUGCCACAUGAUGCCAAGUGCCAUCUAUGCCCAUCCUAAGAGUGAAGCCUCUCUGAGAGCUUCUUUUUGGUUUUGAGAAGAAAAGAAAGGUGGAACUACCAUUUUACAAAAGGAAAACAUUGUAUUGAGGGUACAAAAUAAAUGUAGUUUUAUCAUCAA